CCACCAUCAUCCCCCCUCCACAGCCCGCACCUGUCCCUCCGCAGCCAGACGUGUGCAGGCACCGCAGCUCACUGCACAGCCCGCUCAAUGCAGCGCACCGGCCCAUGACUUCUCGGCGCCCCGUGCCCGACGAGAGUCUCUACGAUGUGCUCGGCGUCGCGGCGCGCGCCUCGCCCGCCGAGAUCCGCGCGGCCUACCUGAGCGCCGCACGAAGGCACCACCCGGACAAGCAGCAGCCCGGCGCGAGCCCCGCGCUGGACGGGCACAUGCCGCGCAUCACGCAUGCGUACGGCGUCCUCUCCGUGCCCAGCGCGCGCGCCGAGUACGACGCCACGCUCAAGCGGCGCGAGCAGGCGGCGCUGGCGGCGAGCACCAGCGUGCGCAUCAGCGCCGAGGUGGACAUCGACGCCUUUGAGCUGGUCGCGUCUGCCGACGAUGUGCAGGAGCAGGCAGCGCAGCUGCGCUUCAAGCUCGACUGCCGCUGCGGCAGCGCGUACGUCGUCGAGCUGCGCGAACUCGAGGCGGGCCAUGACCUCGUGGGGUGCAGCGGAUGCAGUCUGGUCAUCCGCGUGCUGCUCGAUGCACCAGACGGAGCAGAGACGUAAUGUAGCAUAGAUUCGGUCAGUCGCGCAGUG